UUGUCACUAUGUUGACGGUCCCUAACUGCUGUUGAUGGACGUAAGGAAAACUACAGGAGAACAUCCGUCGAAUAUCCAACCUGAAACCGUCUUUACCUUGGUAUUAUAUUAUCCUAACCUGCUAAGGAAGAAAAUACAUGCUCACAAAAUAUUGAUCCCUUCUAGCCAUGACAGUCUUUCUACUUCAGGUUAGCAGAUGAUAAAUUACGUCGUUUGUUUUCCGUAGCUUUUAAAGGAAGUGUUUGUUAUUGAAAGAAAAUACGUUUAUUUAUUUUUAAAUGAUCUAACUACUUUUGAUUGCAUUUUAAUUUACAACCGAGUUGACUGUUUCCGACCGGGGAACCGCUCCCUACUUGUGUUUUUGUUGGGACAACAAUGAAGGCCUAGCUAGUUUUUAACGGUUACUUUAUCGCUCUUUAGCUAGUUUAUUUUAACGGUUUAAAUCUGGAUUAAUCUGCUCUCCUAAUGUGGGAUUUCAACCCAUUACUUUACUGAUCUUCGACGUUACACUGUGAAAUAAAAAAUCAGGUAUGUCGUCCCAGCUCCAAGUGUUUUGUCCUCCCUCCAUCUCCUCCAGCGCCUUCUGCCGCGUCAAGAAGAUGAAGUUAGAGAACUGUGUUUGGGAGGUGUCCUCUGACACCCCCUAUGGUUCCGUGGGCGGCCAUCAGGGGGUAGGGGGUUACUCCUUCGCCCCCUCUGCCACUCCAGGCUCCCGAGGCCAGGUGGUGGUCCGGGCGGCUGACAGCACAGGCAGCCUACCCAGAGGCUCCAGCCGCCGCCUCAACGACCACUACUCACAUACAUCACACACACACACCGAGACGACCGCAACAGGCAUGGGGACGCGACGACAGGGCCAGAAGAGGAAGAAUAAGGAAGUUGAAGGAAGUGGAAGUGUUCAGAUUCUGGAGGAGCUCUCUGCCCCUCCACCCGUCUUCUCCGCGAGGACAGGGGGCGUCGGAGGAGGGGGUACGGGCCAGUCCGUCCCCCACUCGGCCCCAACCACCAAGAGCUCCAGCUCCAAUGGAGAGGGGGACUACCAGCUGGUGCAGCAUGAGACCCUGUGUUCAGUCUCCUGUAGUUAUGAGGUGCUGGAGUUCCUGGGGAGGGGGACCUUCGGUCAGGUGGCCAAGUGUUGGAAGAGGGGAACCAAUGAGAUCGUGGCCAUUAAGAUCCUCAAGAACCACCCCUCGUACGCACGACAGGGCCAGAUCGAGGUGGGCAUCCUGAACCGUCUGAGCGAGGAGAACGCCGACGAGUUUAACUUUGUGCGUUCCUACGAGUGUUUCCAACACAAAGGUCACACCUGCCUGGUGUUUGAGAUGCUGGAGCAGAACCUGUAUGACUUCCUGAAACACAGCAAGUUCAGCCCCCUGCCACUACAACACAUCAGACCCAUACUGCAACAGGUGGCGACGGCGCUGAUGAAGCUGAAGUCUCUGGGUCUGAUCCAUGCUGACCUGAAGCCAGAGAACAUCAUGCUGGUGGAUCCACUCAGACAGCACUACAGGGUCAAGGUCAUCGACUUCGGCUCAGCUUCACACGUCUCCAAGGCUGUCUGCUCAACCUACCUGCAGUCGCGAUACUACAGGGCUCCAGAGAUUAUCCUGGGCUUGUCGUUCUGUGAGGCUAUAGACAUGUGGUCUCUGGGCUGCGUUAUUGCUGAGUUGUUCCUGGGCUGGCCCCUCUAUCCCGGGGCAUCAGAGUACGACCAGAUCCGGUACAUUUCCCAGACCCAGGGCCUGCCUGCAGAGUAUCUGCUGAGUGCCGGCACCAAGACUAGCCACUUCUUCAAGAGAGGACCUGACUCCAGCUACCCCCUCUGGAGAAUCAAGACUCCUUCAGAGCACGAGGCUGAGAUGGGCAUCAAGUCAAAGGAAGCCAGGAAAUACAUCUUCAACUGUCUGGAUGACAUGAUGCAGGUCAACCUCUCGUCUCACCUGGAGGGGACGGACAUGCUGGCGGAGAAAGCUGAUAGGAGGGAGUUCAUCGACCUGCUGAAGCGGAUGCUCCGAUUGGACGCCGACAAGAGGAUCACGCCCACUAAGACGUUGGGUCACCCUUUGGUCACCAUGAGUCACCUGCUGGACUUCCCUCACAGCUCCCAUGUGAAGUCUUGCUUUCAGAACAUGGAGCUCUGUAAGCGCAGGAGCUCUUCGUUCGACAACAACAAAACUCUCUUCUCCACCAACACUCUUCCCAGUGCUGCUGCCAGCAACCUCACUGUGACCUUCAGCAAUCAGCUCAGCCAGGUGCCUUCAGCAGGGGGAGCUGUUCCUCUCCUGAACUACCAGCCAGCCCUCUACCAGCAGGCCACCAUCAAUAUCCCUGGGCUGGCCCAACAGAGUGUCCCCCUGCAGGCUCGCCCCACCGGCCUGGCCUACCAGACUGAGCCCUUCCAGCAGACUCUCAUCGUCUGCCCACCAAACACCAUACAGGGGCUCCAGUCGUCCAAUAAGAGCUCUAGUUUCCCACUGAGGAUGGACAGUUCAGUCCCCAUAGUGAACCAGAACCAAUCAACACAGCCACUGCAGCUGCAGCCUGCCAUGCUCACACAGCAGGCCUGGCCAGCUGGUACCCAGCACAUCCUGAUCCCGUCGUCAUGGCAGCAGGUUCCGGGUGUGGCCAUCCACGGCUCCACCCACCAGUCGGUUGUCACGGAGUCUCCCGUGGAGACACUCCUUCCGGACACAGCCCAGCAGACACACAGCUGGAGGGGACCUCAGUACAGCGGAGUGCUGCAGCAGAACCUGGGGGUUAAUUCCAGGAGCGGAGCGGGGAAGAGGGUUAAGGGUGGUCGUGGUAACAGCAGAACCACCAGGGGCGUGUCUCGUGUAUCCCUACUCACCAACGCCGUGCUGACUCCGCCCAUCUGCAGCGCGGCAGCUCUCUCUCAGCCAAUCAUCAUCUCGGACACGCCCAGCCCGGCGAUCAGCGUCAUCACCAUCCACUCAGACGAGGAGGACGAGAGGAAGUUCCACCCCGCCAGCUGUGGUCCGGCUCAGAGGACUAACGUGAUCAGCUGUUUGACGGUUCACGACUCUGACUCCUCUACGACCAGCCCCCUCACUCCCCUCCCCAGCACACACCUCCCUGGAGGAGGAGGGACGGCGAGAGGCAGGUCACUGGCCGUGGUCGCACCGUCUGUAAAGACCCAGCCGACUCAGACAGUGCAACCCCAGAGUUCCUACAUCAAGCCCAGGUUGGCCAAUCGGCAUCCCUGUAGCUCUGGAGACGGCAGCAACCGCCAUAGGCUAGUCCCCAGCCAAUCACAUCCUCUCAACCUCAGCCAGCCUGUAGUCUCGUCCUCUUCGUCCCAGGACCGUUCCCACGGCAACCUGCGUCGCCAGGCAACCUACCCCCCCGGCCCCACCUCCCACUACACCUUCCAGGAAGUGCCCUCUCUAGGCUCUGCCCCUAGUCUAUACACCUUCCCUGCGUCCGCUGCGCUAGCCUCUGCCUCCCAGCUCCUGGUGCGUGGUCACCCCUCCACCUAUGCCCCACCCACCGUCCCUUGCGGUACCUCGGGAUUGGUCCGGAGGGAUGCAGGAACCAGGAAGGAGUCUUCGGUGGUGGGGGGGGUUGUGAUGGGUCUUCCUGCAGCUUAUCAACACCAGUUUACUACCGGAUCCCUUAGUGUCGCGCCACACGCUGAGACCUACAGCGUAUACCAGCUCAGCCCUCGACGGCUGGGACAGUACCCCUACUUGUGAUGAGAGAUGAUACUGGAUGUAGAGAGGGGGGGGCAAGGGUGGGAGUGAUGAUGAGUAGGACUAUGACCCAGUCAUACCGAGGUAUUCGCGCACACACACACACACACACACACACACUGAAGGGGCAAUAAGACCCACAGCUUCACCAUGUUGAUGAAUCUGGGUGAAGUAGGGAAGGAAGGAGUAACAAAUGUAACAUUUGCACUACUGCAUUUGAUUUACUGUUAAGCAGUGGUUCACAUCAAACUGGUUUAACUUUCCCGCCUAUUUUACUACAUUUUUAAAAAACAUUCUGUGUAUUUAAGGGUAUUUUUAAUAUUGUACUGUUAUUUUUAUUUUUUUUCCCCCAGCAGAAAAAAAAAAGUGUAAUUGUUUUUUGUUGUUUUAUCCCUGUUUUAAUUGGAUGCAGAAUGAGUUAGUGUGAUGAUAGGCCAAAUAUAUUAUUAUAUAUUGUGUUAAUAAAAUAAAAAAAAGAAGGCUUUUAUGUUUUAAAAGGGGGCUAGUCUCGUUCUCUAGUAGUGUAGUCAGUCAGCUGAAACAUGCGGAAUACUGCAGAUGGAAUCAGGUUUCUAUACCGUACAUAAAACAUGUAUGGCUCUGGCAUGCCUCUCUAUUCUACAUGGCAGAAAUGUAUUGUGUAUAACAGAUAUGCUGGUCUGUGUGCAUUCUGUAACGUUAGUUUCCUGAGUAGGCCCUCGCUGUUGUUUCCUUACAUUAGGAGGUCCUAGAAAGGCCCUGGCUAGAGAGAUGCUAGCUAAACUAAAGAAGAUUGUAGCACGGCACGCUAGAGAGAUGCUAGCUAUUAGCUAACCUAAAGAAGAUUGUAGCACGGCACGCUAGAGAGAUGCUAGCUAUUAGCUAACCUAAAGAAGAUUGUAGCACGGCACGCUAGAGAGAUGCUAGCUAUUAGCUAACCUAAAGAAGUUCUAAAGGUGAUCCUAGUAUCUUUUAGCAUGGCAGACUUGCUCAAGAUGUUAGCUAUUAGCUAACCCCGGGUAUGGGAAACUGGCGGUCAUGCAGCCCGCUGCCUCCUUUUUGAAGGCCUGCGGACCAAUUUCACCAACAAACAAAUAAGGAACUCAGUUGGGGUCUCAACUUACUGUUGAGUUAAAAUAAUACCUUUUACUUACCUGUUUUCUUUAUUGUGAGUUUCUUUAAAUUAUGAUUUGUCGUUAAUGUGAGUUGUCGGGGGAGAGAGAGAUUGUUGUUUAACUUAACUCAUGAGUAUGCUGUACAUGUAUGUAGUCUAUUCUGUCACCGCCUGGUAAAGACACUAUAAUCUUCACACCACCAUAGCUGGGUUCAAACACUAUUUGAAAUCUUUCAAAUACUUUUACAAGGUUUGCUUUAGCUCACCUGGAGUACCAGGUAGGCAGGGUUUACACUUUUAUGACUUUUCUAUUGGUUCCAUUGCAACAAGGCACAGUCAAUUAAGCACAGUUUUAAAUUAUUUCAAAUAGUAUUUAAGCAUAGCUCACUCUUGAGAGUUUUAAUAUUUUUCUGACUGUGAUUGCAGAAUGUAUUUAUGAGGCUGAAUGAUAAUUCGGCCAGAAACGACUUUAGAAACUCAAUUAAUUGAAGUAACAACAACUUGAAAACAAGACUUUUAUGGAAAACGAUUUGGUUCUCCUCUGUUUUAAAGUGCACAAUGCAUUUAGUAAUCAAGUUAUUGGUGAGGAUAAUGUCAACCCAAAUCAAUCCACAACAACCCAACCACUGUUUUCAAAUAAAUGAACCAUAAUUCCUCA